AUGGCGGACCCUGCUACCGCCAAAGAAUAUUACGGUUACUUAUUUAAAGAUAACAAGCAGCCAACAAAAAUAUUGGAUGCGCUACUACGAGGAAUCGCUAUCCAUAUAAUUGAAAAUGUUGGAAAUGUACAGGAAAAGUGGCUCAUGCCCGAGAAAAUGGCUGCAUUCUACAAGAUUGUUGGUGGGAACUAUGAUUCCCUUUUUGUCAAUGUUCCUCCGUCUUCAAUCUCAUGGAUUUACACCUCAAUAGGCUGUCAACAUUUGCUUCUUCCCACCGCCGAUGACUUUACCCCCCCUUCAAUACCCUCACUCACAGUUGCUGGAUUUGUUAGAUGGCAGAGUAUCGAGAUUCUUCUCGGGCCAGAUGAACAUGUUCCAUUCAUCCAGAAAUCACUUCGUCUCUUUCACCUUAGACAUCCGGACACAAAUGAACCAUUUCCAGUAGAAUUACCCACCGAAUCAUUUCCAAGCGUUCCAGAUGCCGAAAUUGAGGCAUGGCACGGCCAGUGUGCUCAGCGUUUACGUACGCGUGUAUCCCCAGCCGAGAAUGAGGGUCGGAUCUUCAUGACAAGGCACAAGGUCCAGACUGGUUACGCCAAAAGGGAACCGUACGGUGAACAAGAGGCUGAAACUGAUUAUUUCAAUUUUCGACCCAAAAACCGAUCUAGACCGAGCCAAACAGAUCUCCAUAAAUCUGAAUAUAAUAGGCCAAGAAAUAGUUUUCAAUACACGGCUCAACAGGACCCCAUAGUACCAAAAAUAAAAAUUUCUAAGAAAUGCCGAAAGGAAGUCAACCAUCCAGACUUCAAAUACCCCUCCAAAAAUAUCAAUCCAGAAAUACAUGAGAUAAUAGUUGAAGAAGAGCCCGUGCAAGCUUUUAAGUCUCAGUAUGAAUCUAUCCGAAGACGCCAUACCCUUCCAAGGCGCCACAACAGAAAGAAUGGAGGCUCAGAUACAAGUAGUGAUGAGAGAGAAUUUGUUAAACGAGACAGUGGAUCCAGGGAGAAAUAUUCCCGCGCACGUCAACAAAAUGAUCCAACCAUAGGAAGGUCUCGUUCGUACGGUCGAAAGGAUUAUGAACGAAAACUCGCUGAAAACCCCUCAAACAUUUCCCCCAGUAGCCUUUAUGUCUCUCCAGUGGAAUCAAGAACUAGGUAUAAGCAUCGAGUGCCGAUUGAAGAACAAAUUGAGCUUAAUGGUCGAAAAUCUCAAUCUCGUGGUGAGAACUUGAAUGCACAAUACUCCUAUCGCAGUAGAGUUGAUGACUCACAACGACGUCGUCGAAGUGGUAGUCAUGGUGCGAAUUUGAGAUGGAAAGACCUUCUCGACGAGACUACUGCAGCUUUAUGGAGAGGAAAAUAA